AUGCCGUGCCGGAUAAGUAAAACUGGCGAUUUUGGCUUAAAUAGCAACGCUCUUCUUGCCGAAGAAGGCAAGCCAAAAUUAGAGGUGUUUGGUAAACAGUUCGAAGGCGUAGGGAUCUGCACGGUCAACCUGGGAGACGAUAUAGCCGAGUAUAUCCGCGGUCUCUUCGUGGCCCUGUACGCACUACCGCUGGCGUUGGUGACCUUCCUGCAGGUGCGUGUGAGUCAAGAGCUGAAGAACAGAGAGGCGCCCGUACCCUUGGCCAUGCUGGACUCCUCCUCCAGAGGCUCUCAGCAGGAGGUCUGGAGCCUCCAGCAUAACUCCAGACCCUCCUCCAGCGGCAUCCUGACGGAGGUAGAUGGUCGGGAAACUUACAGUUAUCACGACGCCCACCACCUUCCCUCCUUCCUCACGCCCACGCCCGUGAGGGUGGGCGGCGGAGGCAGCAGCGGGGGGUCGCACACCCCCACGCUGCUGGGGGGCCGCUCCCCCUCCCUCCAGCAGCUGGAGGAGGCAGAGAUGGAGGUGGUAAGGGAGAAGAGGAACCAGAGAUACAUAGCCUCUAUCGUCACUGCCUUUGCUCUGUGCCUGUGUCCUCUGAUGAUACUUAGGCUGGUGAAGAACAUGGUGAUGGAGACGUACGACAACUCUGGUCACUUCGACAUCACCUUCAUCACGUUCGUGUGGGUGGCCUUCCUGCCCACAGUCACUACCCCGGCCCUCUACGCUGCCUGGAAGAUCAGCAGGUCGACUAAGGAGACUCUCUGCAACUUCCUUCAACUGAGCUUCAGAGGUCGACGGUCCGCCCACACCCAGAGCUUCACGCCCAUGUUUUACUCCUGUCACACGGGCGCCGCACACCGCCUCUCUUUGGAGCCUGCCCUGGCCCCUGCCUCGCCCCACGCCCACUAUGCUCCCUCCCCCCACCAGGGAGGUCUCACGCCCAACAGAGAGGACAACCCACGUCCCUACUCCCUCGCUUUGCCCUCUUGAGGUAUGAGCCGUGUGCGCCUCGGACGAUACGGGUAAAUUACUAGAUGAGGUCUACAACGGUGGAGACUGCAAUUAGUGGAGGCUGCUGUUGGUGGAGACAGCUGUUGGUGGUGGCUGCUCCUGGUGAAUACUGUCGCU